AGCACUGAUUUCACAAACGAGUUAAGCCCGGGUCAUGACUCACCCACCUAAAGACUCCCUACUCUCCUCUCAAUUUUUUCAAUUUACUCCUAUGGAACAACCACGCACACCCACAAAUCCAACUCGCUCGUUUUACCUCAACUGACUCAGUCCGAGCUCACUUACAUGCUCAAAGGCAAGCUCAAGCUUCCCGACAAAGCUCGCCGCGUCUUCCCAGACCGGCUUGGGAGCUUGGUCGCGGGUCUCCACGAUAGGGAAGAUGAAAAUGGAGGGUCCGACCCGGUUUUUGAGUCCGGAGAGGAGCUUGGGAUUAUCCAGCCCAAUGGGGCCGAGUUCGACAAGGGAAAUGAUUAUCAAUACCAGUAUGAAUAUGAUGACGGCGGCGAUGAUGGUGUUGGCGUUAAUGGAAAAAUAAACAAAGAAGAGUAUAAGGUUCGAAAAGGACCGGAAAAGGAUGGAGCGGGCCAGCUUUCGGCGAUGGCGUUUAUUGCGGCGGAUGAGAAAAGAUCUGACCUUGAAUAUGAGCUUUCUCAGAAGGAGAUAAAUUUAGAAAAGUUGAGGAGAAUUGCUACUACAGGCCUCCCUGAAGGAGGAGGAUUACGCGCCACAACUUGGAAGCUUCUUUUAGGUUAUUUACCUCCUUCCCGUGACUUGUGGGAAAAGGAGCUGACUGAUAAUAGACAAAAAUAUGCCAAGCUAAAAGAGGAGCUCUUGUUGAGUCCUUCAGAGCUCACUAAGGAAAAUGAUGAUGCAUUGAAUUCUGAUGGCUUAAAUCGUGAAGGUGACGUUGCUGGACCACUUAAGCGACAAGGAAUUUCUCAUGAAGAUCACCCCUUAAGUGUUGGUAAGGCCAGUGCUUGGAAUCAAUACUUUCAGCAUACGGAGAUUGCAGAUCAGAUUGACCGUGAUUUGCAGCGCACACACCCAAACAUAAAAUUUUUCUCUGGGGACUCAUCAUUCAGUAGAAAAAACAGGAAUGCAAUGAGGAAUAUUCUUCUCCUAUUUGCAAAGCUAAAUCCUGCUAUUUGUUAUGUCCAAGGCAUGAAUGAGGUCUUGGCACCAAUAUUAUAUGUAUUCAGUACCGAUAGCAAUGAGCAAAAUGCUGCAAAUGCAGAAGCUGACAGCUUUUCUUGUUUUGUUCGAUUGCUAAGUGACUCGGUGGAUCACUUUUGUCAACAGUUAGAUAAUAGUCCAGUCGGUAUCCUAUCCACACUUUCCCGGUUAACAGAUUUGCUAAAAUUAAAUGAUGAAGAAUUAUGGCGGCAUCUUGAAUUCACAACCAAGGUUAAGCCACAAUUCUAUGCAUUCAGGUGGAUCACAUUAUUACUUACUCAAGAGUUCAAUUUCCAGUCCAUCUUAAGAAUUUGGGAUUCUAUUCUGAGCAACCCUUCUGGCGUUCAGGAUAUGCUUUUACGGAUAUGUUGUGCAAUGUUGCUGUGUGUGAAAAGCAGACUAUUAGGUGGGGAUUUUGCAGCAAACUUGAGGCUUUUGCAGCACUAUCCUGAAAUCAACAUAGAACAUCUACUCCAGGUAGCGCGGGAUCUUAGUCCUCAGGAUGCUUCAUGCUAUCCCUUGUCCAUGUAAAUGAACGUCCUGACAUUGUCUUUGUAUUCACUUUUGUCUCUUUCAAUAGUAAUGUAAUGAUAAACAAUACUUGAGGAUAUGGUAAAACUAGAAUUGCCCGAGUUUCUUACGGAGAUUAA